CUUUAGUUGCCUAGGUUGGCCUUGCACUUGAUAUCCUCCUGCCUCAGCCUCCCAAGACAUUUGAGUAUAGUCUCUUGGCAUCACACGUGGCUUACUGUCUUCAUGGACUACUUGAUCAUAGUUGUCCCACCUGUGGUUUUAUUAGUUUUUGGUGCUGGGGUUCAAACCCAAGGCUUUUAUGCACACUAGGAGCCUGCUCUGCUUCUGAACUUCAAUACCCCUAAUUUAGCCACCACAAAUUCCACUACCACUGGGGAUUGAACCCCAGUGGUGUUUUGACCGCUGAAAUACAUCCCUGUCCCUUUUUUAUUUUAAGACAGGUCCUUGAGCCAGUCACAGUUGUGUACUCCUAUAAUUCCAGUGACUUCAGAGGCUAAGGCAGGAGGAUCUCAAGUUUAAAAUCAGCCCCAGCAAUUUAGUGAAGACUUAAGCAACUUAGCAAGAUCCUUUCAUAAAAAGGGGUGGGGAUGUGACUCAUGUUUAGGUAAAUUCAGGAGGACAGCCUCUGGAGUCACUGGAAUUAAAGGCAUAUGCCAUUGCACUUGUUUGUACGUGUAUUGACUGCAUCGAUUUUUUUGUAUUGGGGUACUUAACCACUAAGCCACAUUCCUGGCCCUUUAAAUUUUUUAUACAUGUUUUAAUUUUUAUAUAAUUUUUAGUUGGUGAAUUUAUUUUAAUAUAUCAAAUGUAUUAUCAUAAUUAUUUAUAUGUGAUGCUGAAAAUUGAACUCAGCGCCUCAUGUACUAGGCGAGUGCUCUACCACUGAGCCACAAACCCUAGCCCUAAUUUUUUUAUUUUGAGGCAGGAUCUCCCUAAAUUCCUGUCUAGCUUUGAAUUGGUAAUCAUGCCUCAGCCUCCUGGGUCACUGGAUUACAGGCAUGCACCACUGUGCCCCACCUGUGGCGGUCCUUCAAAGUGACCUUUUCCUAAUGUGCAAGAACACAUUUUCAUGAUGACAGUUUUUUUUUUUUUUUGCUGUGCUGGGGCUUGAACCCAGGGUCUCCUGCUUGCUCAUGAUGACGAUAUUAACAGUGCAUAUAAAAGCUGGGUGCAGUGGUGCAUACCUGUAAUCCCAGCAGUUUGGGAGGCUGAGGUAGGAGGAUCAUAAAUUCAAAGCCAGUCUCAGAAACUUAGUGAGGCUUAGCAAUUAAAAAAUAAAUAAAUUUUAAAAAGGCUGGGGAUGUGGCUCUGGUUAAGUGCCCCUGGGUUCAACUCUUGGUACCAAAAAAACUCACAGCAAAUCCUUUCUUGAACCUGUUGUCAUCAAUCAAAUGAGGUUAAGUAGUGAGGUGCAAAUAAUUUUGUAGAAGGUGCUAAGGGUUUGUUUUGGGAGGGGAGUUGGGGAUAUUAAAAAGGGGAUCACCAGUAGUCAUAAAAACAAUAUUUUUUUACAUCCUAUAUGUAAGAAAUUAGAUGAAAAAUAUGUCAGUGUGUUCACAUGUUUGGUCUUGUUUUUGUUUUUUUGUACUGGGGGUUGAACCCAGGGGUGCUUUAUUACUGAGCUAUACACCCAAGCCCUUUUAAUUUUUUGAGACUCUUCACCAAGCUGCUCAGGGCCUCAUCGAAUUGCUGAGGCGGGCUCAACUUGAGAUCUGUUGCUGCAGAUCCCCAAAUCACUGGGAUUACAGGUAUGAACCACCGCUGCCAUGGGCCUAUUCUUUUUUGUUUGUUUAAGAGAAUGAGUAAGAAUAAUGGGGACUGGAGAGGUUGGCCCUUGCCUGUAAUCGCAACAAUUCUGAAGGAUGAGGCAGAAGGAUUACAAGUCUGAGGCCAGCCUCUGCAAUUUGGCAAGGCCUUCUCUCAAAGGACUGGGGUAGAGUCCAGUGAUAAAGCACCUCUGAAUUCAAACCCCAAUACCAAAAAAAUAAUUGGGGUGGGGUGCCAGGUGGAUUGACUGGAGGUCAGGAGACAGGUGUGGCUCUGGAUUUGGAAAAGCUUUCUAAGCUUCAAGUUGUGAGUUGAUAGCUUUCUGAAACCCUUGGUCAGUUUUAGGACUUUGCAAUGGACUUCAGCUGGGGAUAGUGUAAUCAGCAUGGGGGCAGAGGACCCACCUUAAAGAAAAAUUUUUUAAGUUUUGAGAGUCGGAAUGCUCUCAAACCUCCCACAUUCAAGCAAUGUACUCCCCGCUUCAGUGUCCAUCUCUUGCAUAGUCCAUCUCAGGACUAUAUGCAAGCAACUUUCCCCACCUACCCCGUCAAUGCAGGGUGAGGGGGACAAUAGGGUUUGUGUCGCAGAGGGAGUCCUUGUCACCACGUAACAAUGCGCCGGGGAACUCCCCAUCAAGGGCCCUCAUUUCCACCAGAAAGACCCAAAGAGUCCACGGAAGUUGGGAUGGCGCGCUUUUACGAUUGUCCUCUGCGGCUGGAGAAGGGUUUUAUUUUGGAUGGGGUAGCAGUGAGCACAGUGGCUCGCGCCUACGGCUACACGAAACCCAAACUGUGGUCUGCGAUUCCGCCCUACAACGCACAGCAGGACUACCAUGCCCGCCGGUACUUCCAGAGCCACGUGGUUCCACCCAUUUUGCGGAAAACUCACCAGGAUCAUGGCGGUACAGGAAGGGAUGGCUGGAUAGUAGAUUAUUUCCACAUUUUCGGGCAAGGACAGAGAUAUCUCAACAGAAGAAACUGGGCAGGGGCAGGGCAUUCCCUCCAGCAGGUGACCGGGCAUGACCACUACAAUGCCAAUUUGAAGCCGACCAUGGGGUUCAACGGUAGGUUUGGCUACCGCCGUAACACCCCAUCCCUCCGCCAUCACACAUCUGUCUUCGGGGAGAUCACCCAAUUCCCUCUCUUCUGACAGCAUUGCUCCCUUUUUACAGCCUUUGACCUGAAUUUCUAAGAAAGAUGUUUAUAUGAACUCUCAAUGAUAUUUUAUAUUAAAAAAUUUUAUUUGUGUC